ACCACGACGUGUUUUUUUUUCAUAUUCAAAAACCUCUACACCAGCUGUUUAGGUUCGGCUUCUAUUCUGUUCAACAUUUUCAACAUUUACGUGUUUGGUCGACGGGAAUCGCUCAGGAAAAAAUAUAUUGUGUUCAUUUUUCUCGAAACCGCUGAAGUUAUAAAUGGGGUCGCCUAUAUAAUGACCGGUAUUGGUCGAUUGAAUGCAAUUGUCAACGGUACUCUAAGAACGCCAAUCACUGUGGAGGAUUGUUUUUUCACGAAGCCAUGGCCAGCACUGGUGUUGGUGGGACACAACUACCUGCUCCUGGUGGUGGUUUUCGCCUCUGUGGAACGGACGAUCGCCGUUCAUCAGCCUAGCAACUACUAUCGUCACUGGAACUACGUCUACAAAUUGAAACGACUAUUCCUGUUGCUUCUUGUUCAAAUGCGGUCAGUGUCAAUUUUCGUGGCGGCUCGGACUUCACACGGUCUACAUUCGUUGAAUCCGUCGCAACACUGCCCAGUGGUUUCCUCUACUCACAUCGCCUACUGCACUGCCCAUUUCCUCUUCGUCGUUUUGGCUUAUGUGAUCAGUUUUGUCACACUACUCUCCAUAUUCAAAAGUAGGCAGGUACGC